AUGUCUUCAUCAAAGUUCAUCAUCAUUCUUCUCAUGCUAAUUAUGUCCAUGAUGAUGAUGCCACGUGUCCCUACCACAAUCGCCGCCACCCACCCAAUAGAACACUGUUUAAGAAAAGCAAUAAACCCUCCUUCACCGCCACCUCCAACCGCCACUAAAAGCGAACUUAAGCUGUUGGAUUUUUCUAAGGUUCUUUGCCGUGACUCGUUCCGUCGUAUCUCGCACGACGUUCAAGUCACGGGAAAGUUGUCCUUACAGUACAUGAAGGCUCUUUGUAACAUCUAUGAUGAUGAUCAAGAAAAGGUUGAAAGUUUUGUUAAUGGCGCAUUCUUCAAUUAUAAUGCACAAAAACUCAUGAAUGGUGAAACAUGUUCAACGGUGAAAGAGAAGAUGCUACAGUUUGCUCCACCUAUUUGGGAAGAUUAUAAUAACAAAGAAAAAGAAGAAUGGGAUACGGAAGAUCCAAUCAUAUAUAGGUUAUUAUGA